AUGCGGGUGGUGAGCGCCGGCUCGGGGCGGAGCGGCGGGCAGCCCGCCUGCCGCCAGCGCCCGCAGCCCGCCGGGGCCCGGCCGCGGCCGCACCCGCAGGGGACGCGCUCCGGCCGCCGCCCGUCCCCGGAGGCUCCAGGGCGAGCCCGCGGCGCGGGGGGGCGCCGGUACGGGGGCGGCGGCGGCGGCAGCAGCGGAGGGACGCCCCUCCCGGGAGGGCGUCGGCCGCAGGGAGCGCGGGGCUCAGAGCGGAGCGGCAGGGCGGGCACCCCACGGACGGGCCGGGCCGCGCUGCCGCCUCUGCCCGCGGGACGGCGCCGGCGGCCGCCCGCCUUGGGCUGGGCUGGGGAUGCUGCGGGGCCGGCGAUGGUGCGGGGCCGCCCGUGCUGCGGCCGCCGCCCCCUCCGCGCCGCGCUGCUGCCGCCGCCGCCCGGUUACGCGGCACCGCUGGCGCUGCGGCGCUGCCCAAGCGGGCGGAGGCGCCGCUGUGCGCGGAACCAUCCCGGGGCGCUCCUGCGGGGCCGGGAUCGCGGCUCAGGGGAUGCAGGGCUAUGUCGGAGCGAGCAGGAACCCUGCGGCUCCCCCCGCCCCGUCCCGGCGCCCCUGCCCGCUACACACACGUCGCUCUCCCCGCUCCUCUCUCCUGGGGUCCGCCGCGGUCCCCCGCGUCCCGGGAUGCGGGUGCGCUCCCCUCCAUCUCCUUCGCCCUCUCCGUGGCGAGCGCCACUGUCUGCGGGAGAGCGAAUGUAG